UUAUUUUGUCCUGGCUUUUGUCCUGGCUUUUGUCCUGGCUUUUGUCCUGGCUUUUGUCCGGGCUUUUGUCCGGGCUUUUGUGUCCGGGCUUAUUUUGUCCUGGCUUUUGUCCUGGCUUUUGUCCUGGCUUUUGUCCUGGCUUUUGUCCUGGCUUUUGUCCGGCUUUUGUGUCCGGGCUUAUUUUGUCCUGGCUUUUGUCCUGGCUUUUGUCCGGGCUUUUGUGUCCUGGCUUUUGUCCUGGCUUUUGUCCUGGCUUUUGUCCUGGCUUUUGUCCGGGCUUUUGUGUCCGGGCUCAUUUUGUCCUGGCUUUUGUCCUGGCUUUUGUCCUGGCUUUUGUCCGGGCUUUUGUCCGGCUUUUGUCCGGCUUUUGUCCUGGCUUUUGUCCUGGCUUUUGUCCGGGCUUUUGUGUCCGGGCUCAUUUUGUCCUGGCUUUUGUCCUGGCUUUUGUCCUGGCUUUUGUCCGGGCUUUUGUCCGGCUUUUGUCCGGCUUUUGUCCGGGCUUUUGUCCGGCUUUUGUGUCCUGGCUUUUGUCCGGGCUUUUGUCCGGCUUAUUUUGUCCUGGCUUUUGUCCGGGCUUAUUUUGUCCUGUCCACAAUGCUGCCUCGUCUCUUUAUCGAACCUGUCCCAAUCUCAUUCUCUCCGUUGGUCAUUUCAGGGUUAAUCUCGCAUUCUUAGCGGUGUUGGGUUAAAUGUCGAAACAGACAACCUACGUAAUGAUCCAAAACGAAUGUGCGAUUAGUGGAAAACGGUAAGUGGCAAUCAGACAACAACAACAACAAAAAAAAAAAAAAAAAAAAAAAAAAACCAAACCAAGAAACAAAACUUUCGAAUUACUUUUUCUUCACACUGUUGCAGGCUCAUGUAAUCCUCUGGGAUAAAGUGUCUUCCUACAAAAACCUAUAACGCUUAACCUUACUCUUUGCCACUGCCCAGAAUUGUUCAAUUGGGUUAAGCUU